AUGUGGCACCUACCACCGUGCAAAUCCACCCAUGAUAUCACUUCUUCCUCUCUCGCCGAGUCCUCUUCUGCCGUCACGCCAUCAGCGCUGAGCGAGGAUGUGGCAAGUUUGCUAGCGUGGGGCCGACGCGCGCUGCAGGCGCAACGGCAGCAGCGACGGGUCUCACGCACCAGUCUCGCGUGUCCUGACCAAUCAUCGGUGUCACCGAGGCCACCGCCACUGUGGUCCUCGGCCGCGUCCGUACCCACUCCUGUACCUCCGGGAGCCCAUAAGCACUCACGGUGGCUACCUACGGAAAGUCUGAAGGCGUCGGCAAGCACCUCUGACGUCCUGCGCACAGCUGUGGAUACAGUGCAUACCGUUGAGCAGGCGCGAAAGCGCCUCGCUCAGCUCGAGGAGUUGGCGGCGGCAAACACGCGUGUGUUCGAAAGUCGAUGGGCGCUGCUGAGUCUCGGCCGCGAGCGGCUGCUGCGGCUGCACCGUGAGCAGCAUGAGGUAGAAGCUCCAUCUCCGCGCACUCGCGAGUUUCAGCGGCUUACCGUGACUGCGCAGGCCAUCGUGGAGGGUGAAGCGUCGCUGAAGGAGAUUUUGCGUGGAAUUCAUCGGGGUCUUGCCGUGUUGUACCAGCAGCACCACAAUCAUCAUGUGGAAGGUGCGAACUACCCAUCAUCGACGCGGCAUCAACGCAAUGCCCUGGUGGAAUCAAAUUACGUGGGCAGUUCGUGCAACAGUGAAGAGGGUGCAGAAGUGGAGGAAGGCGCCUCCGACUCCCUGCGCAGUCUUGCGGAUGCUGUGGUGCGUCGCACCCGCCUCGUGGUGAAUGCACAUCUUCAGUGGCAGAGAGCCCGCGCAGAGCAGCAAAGGGCAGCGGCAGCGCGGCUGCAGCAGCGCACCGAGAGUGAACGGGCGCUGCGGCAGCAACUAGAAAGGCUGAAGGCUGCCUUGGCGGAGGCGACCGAGCAAGAGACCCACGAACGUCGCCGGCUGGCGGAGUUGCGUGCACAGUGCGCCGCGGCUGAGCGGGCCGCUGCGUUACAGAAUGCCUCCGCGCUGCGAGAGGAGGCUGCUAAAGAGGCACUGCAGCGCCUUCAGCAACUGCAGCAGCACGUCACUUUGCAGAACGACAUUGCACGUCAGGAGCUGGCGGCCAGCGAGACCCGCUAUGACCAGGCGAAGGUAGCGUACGACGUGGCCAUCAGUGACCACCGCGCUGCUGAGGAGGCACUCGCAGCAGCGCAACAGGCAUGCCGUGACUCAAAGCGACGACGUGAGGACGCGGAGAGCGGCCUUGUGCAAGUGCGGCAGGCGCUGAAGUCGAUUUCUGACAAAUUCGCUGCGCUGCGCGCGCAGCGUGCGCAGGCAGCGGAAGACUGCACUUUGGUCGACGAAGCAUUCAAUCAGAAACGGCGCGCGCGUGAUGGCUUGCUGGCCGGUGAAAAAAGCGAAGCUAGCAGUGGUACACCCACUACCCUCCCUCUGAGUGGCUCGAGUACAGCAGACAGUGCAGCGGAACGCUACGCGGUGCUUCAGCGAGAACUACCGCGGUUGGAAGAGCACUUGCAGCACAUCGUAGGGGAGGUGAGCGCUCUGGAACGGACCGAGGCUGGGCUACGAGACACGCUGGGAAGGGUGAUGGGCGCGCUCGGCCUGUUGCGCCGACAGAAAACAGCCCUUGAGGCGUACCUUGCGUCCCCCGACAAUGGCGUCGACGACGCCACUUCGCGCUGUGGCACGGGAGACGGGGAACAGUAA